AUGAACAGCGUCCAGAGCGGAGGUGAAAGUGGAGGAGGAUCUGGAGGAGGCAAAAAGAAAGAGGAGUUUUUCAAUAAAAACUUGUUCAUGACGUCACGUGGUAACCUGCGGAGAUCUUUGUACGGGACUUCUACUGAUUUCAGUUGUGGUGGAGAUGGUGGAGAUGUUGGAGAUGUAAAUGGCAAAAACGUCUUCAGGGCAGACUUGGUGCCCCAAGCACCACCACCAGCACAGCAGCAGCAGCAGUCACCAUCGGAAGAUGCAAAAUAUACCGGAAGAUGUACUAAGCAACUCUCUGGUAGACAAUUAGAAGGUGCCUCACAACUGAGGGACCUGGGGCAACCCGAACAAGAUGUAAGGUCUGUAAGUAAGCCUCAGGUAGGUCGUAUCUCGAAGGAAAACGGAAAAGAUGAUGAUAUAAUUGAAACUAAUAAAGAUUGCGCUCAUACACCUUCAAAAGGAUCCUCCUCCUCCUCCUCCUCCUCCUCCUCCUCCUCCUCCUCCUCCUCCUCCUCCCGUGCUUGCGGAAUCUACUUCAUAGAAUAA